CUCGAAUAUCUGUGAUAGGUGUGCAGUGAGUUAGCAGCCUGCACUUAGCACAUGUAACACUCCUUCCUAUGCACAUCUACACUGACUUAUAGCUGCUUAUUAAGCAGUCUAGGUUUAAUAAAAUAUAGAUCGCGCUUUGUUCAUUCAUAUAAUACAACAACAUGUUAGGAGAUCUUGUAUAAGCAGGGUCAGAGACUGUGCCUAAAAACACAGUGAGCACUAGGUAGUAAUACCCAAAAAUGUUGUCUAAGUAGGCAGGUCAGUCACAAGGUUUUGAGACUUUAAUGCCUCUGAAAUGUCAUCUAAAUUGGAAGUUCCUUAGGUUUUAGAUUAAUAAAUGUGGUCUAGGUUGCCAGCUAGAUGUCCAAGAUGCCCCAAAAUGCUGUCUAGGAAGGUAGCUCACUUUAUUUUUGACUAAAAAUGGUGUCUACACUGGUAGCUCCAUAGGUUUUGGUACUGUGAUGGUUGAAAAUGCUGUCUGUUUAAGUGUUUUGAAACUAGAUGUCCCAAAAACACAGUUUAGAGAGGCACCUAAAUAGGUUUUGAGACGCCGCCAGAGUAAAUGUAGACAGUUUCUGUCUGUCACUGUGGUCUGUUUUAUUGUAUUUCUCUUUAAAGUGAUUUAAGAGCUUUGUGCAUUAAAGCAUGUGUGGUCUUGAUCCGCCUUUAUGAGUCAAGAUUGGGGCUGUCAGAUCAACAUCCUACUGAUGCUGCAUCACCACGGAAACCAUGCUGUCAUAUACAUUGAUAUACAUUACAUCUUUAUUCCUUUAAUAUGUUUGUGGUGGUAAUUGUUGUAAUAAAUUACUGUACAGAAAAUAGUCAUAAGGUAUAUGUAUUGGGUAAGACUGUAACAAUUAGUUUUUCCAGGAUCAACUAUUUCAUAGUCGAUUCCAGCCAAUGUUAAUCUAUUAAAUAAAUAAAUCGCUUGACAGUUUGAAAGAUUUUAUUAAAAAGCAGCUUUAGAUGAUGGAUAUGGGUUUUUAAUCAGCCAAUGAUUCUUUUUCUUUCUUAAGAAAAAAAAAAUCACAAGCACAUGGAAAUUCAUUGGUCAGAAAUGAUGGAAAUCCUGUAAUUUUGUGUAUUUAGCGUAGUUGUUUUGGCGAUAUGUUGUGCUGGUCAGAUUUUUGAAAUGCUUUUACAAUGCUGUAUAUCAUCACAUGCAACCCAGACUUCAGAACAACAAAAACAGUGGGAUUCAGUUUGCUCUCAUUUGGUGACCUAAAAUCAGUUAUUUUGCCGCAGGCCAGUUUAGCUGCUCUCUCACAUCAAUAAACACGCCGACCGAUUCCUCUCACUGCAAAUGAGCUUUAGAGCAAAAAGAUCCAAAGUUCGCGAUGGGUGGCAGGCUGUACCUCAAAGCAGGAUUUGACUGAAAUAAGAGUAUGAGAAUUAUAAACCUCUUAAGCAACUCAAAUCCAGAGGCAAUGGUAAGCAGUGGAAACGAGCCUGUGAUUCUGGAUUCCUGUUUGGGAACUGGGACCUUUAAGAGUGUCGGAUCUACUUCCUCUGUUGAGCGAUGGUGCGUUUGAGACGAUGCAAGACAAGAGUGAGGGACAUGCGAGAGAACUCUCCGCUGUUCCAGUACUUGCAGGAUCUAGGACACACAGAUUUUGAGGCAUGUUCUCCCGUUUCUCAGGAGGAGGAGCCAAGCGCUGGUGGAGAGGAGGCGCAGUAUCCUCAGGAUAUCCUCCCUUCUCGCAGAAAAGGUGGUGUUUGGAGGCUGGCUGAUGCUCUGCGCAGUCUGAAUCCUCUGCAUCGAGACAGCGCCACCCGCUGGCAGGAGCAGCAGCUGGACGCUGCCUUCCGCCGGUAUUCUCUGCGCUGUCUGUUAUCUCAGGAUGUGCUGUUGCAAGAGGAUGUUGAGCUGAUCGAGCUCUUGGAUCCAAGCGUGCUCUCUCUGGGCUCUGCUGAUACCGUCUGCCCCAGUGCCAGCACUGCUGUGCCAGCACCACGCUACCUCUCGCCACCCUCUAGAUGGGAUGUGUCUGUUUUGGUGGGGCUGCUAGCUGUCCUGCUCGGUGUGUGCUUGUUGUACCCUGACCACGAGCAGGCUCUGUGGCUGUGCGUAGUCCUGGUGUGUGUUACGUGUGUGUGUCGUGGUCUGUCUCUGUGGCGUAAGGCCGUUCUUCAGCGUCGCCUCCAGUCUUUGGCUCUCCAGCUGGAGGGUUUGGUGAACAACAGCCGAACACUGACCAGUCUGUCUCGCAAAUCACUGCGACUCAUACAGGAGACAGAAGUCAUCUCACGAGGAUUCACCCUAUUACUCGACAGGGUGAGUGCCGCCUGUCCCUUUAACAGGGCGGGGCAGCUUCGCAGCCAGCAGCUGAUUGGUCUACGGAAGGCGGCCUAUCAGAGUCUUCGCUGCGCGUUCCGAGCCUCUCGCCUCGCCACAUGCGUCAUGCUCAAGUCAUUUCCACUGAACUCAGAGAUUGACAAUGUCACCAACUACGUGUCCACCGUGCCAAUCAGAGAGCUUGGUCUCGGUCUGGGGGUGGAGCAUCUCUCUGACGAGCAGGCGCAAGAACUGACCAAUGAUUACAGUCUGCCUUCACUCAAGAUGUUGUUCCAGUUGUGGGUCGGGCAGAGCUCUGAGUUUUUCCGGCGAUUAGCUCUGCUGUUGUCUCCGGGGAGGGCGGAGCUAGACUCCAGGCCCAGCCCUGUCACGUACAGCAGCGUCCCGUUGAUCACUGACUCUCUCCAUCGCACCCUGGCCGCUGGGCUUGGUGAUCUUCAGCGCAGCUAUGAUUUCCAUCGCUACUUUGAGACGCAGCACCAGUCGCUGCCCGCAGAAAGAAAUGGGCGCGCUCAGCAGAAGUGUAGAGAGCUCAAUUCUCUGCACACGUCUGUCCGCAGUUUACAGCUUCACCUGAAAACACUCUUAAACGAGGUCAUAAUUCUUGAGGAUGAUCUGGAAAAGUUAAUGGUUGCUAAGGAGACAGAGGAGAUGACGUGUGCAGGAUAUCAGGAGCUGAAGGAGCGCCUGCAGCUGCUGCAGCCACACAUGCAGGCCAGCACCUGCUGCUGGGACGACACACUCGCGCAGGUCGACCGCAUGCUGCGCCGAGUCUCCAGCUGCCCAGAGAGUUCAGAUCAGUCAGAGGAAACAGCUGCCCCAGAUCCCCCUCCUCCUGCCCCCAUUACAAGCAUACAGGACAGAGACCCCGUCCCAGAGGAACAGGAACUGGAGGCAUAUGUCUCGGACUCUGACUCUGAGACGGAGUGGAGAGGGGCCACGGACAUGCUGUCGCCAUGGGAACAGGAGCGCCAGCGCUGUGAACGUGAGGAGUCCAGACGUGUUUUACUCGAGCUGAAAUCUGUUCUGGGAAUCCGAACGUCAGAUGGAGAGAGAGACAAGCGCAAGCUUCUGCUGUUCAGUGAUCAGGCUGCCCUGGCUCCGUUUGCUAAGGACACAUCAAAAACGGACACGAACUCUUACGAACCGCAUAUUUCGGCAGAGUCCAUGACUACCACGGACAACCACGUCUCCCAACGAGGAGAGGAGAAUGAAGGCGAACAGCAGAUUCUGAGUGGGGCGGGAAGAGAGAAAGAUUCUGUGACUGAGUUUUGCUGUGGAGAUUCUGAUGUAACUGGGGCAGCUAAAGAUACCAGUGAGGAGACUGUGGAGGAAACACUGCUCUUCCAAUCAGACGGGCUCAUAGGUGACGGGGAUGAUGGGACACACCCACUCUCGCCCAGAGUGCCCACCUUCUCUGUGAUUGACAGAUUGACAGAACUGCAUGGCUCAGAAGCGAUCAGUUUCAGCUCCGCCCUGGCCGCCCAGGUAGCAGCGCGCUCGCAUACGUUCACACACAUACAGGAAUGCACCUAUGGGGACUCCUCGGAGGAAGAGGAAGUGACAUCACUGCAGACGAGAGAAACUGAGGGGGACUGAAACGGCAAGAUAUUUAUUCUCGUCCUUUUGGUUUUAUUUAUUGAGCUUGAUUUCAGGUCACAGACAUCAUUGGAUGUAGCUGGUGUGUGUGUGUGUGUGUGUGAAUGUGUUUUUGGUGCGUCUCUUUUAAAGUGCGUAUGUUUGUGUUUCAUGUGACAUCCCACGUCCACCCUCCUCAUGACAGGCCUCAGGUACAGACUGGCACAUGCUAGUACACAAAACAACAGACCAAAACCUAAACAUUCACACACACUAACACAAACUCAAACUGCAAAACUACAUGCCCUUGGCCAUGUCCCAGAUUUAUUUACUGUAACAGAGGUCCUACACAGAACCAAAAAAGGGUAUUUCUCACAAAGCCUAACAAGAACAAGAGUCAUAUUUGACCUCAAUUCAAUUCAAUUAAAAGGAAAAUGAAGUCUGCUUUAGUACGCUUAAGAUUGUGUGUAUUGUUACAUUAUUUUCAUGACAAGUAAGCACUUUUCCCCCCAAAUUGGCUCAUUCUUUUUACCACAAUACAAAAGAAAUAAAGUUGUUGUUAGUGUAAUGCAGGAAAUGCUGUACAUUUUAUGUGGCUUUCAAAAAAAAUAUUAUAUAUAUUUUGACUUUUUAUGCAUUGUGGAAAUGAGAAGCUAUUUUCCCGCAUUACACUAAUUAUUUAUUUUGAAUAAAUAAUAAUAAUAAUGUUUCAUUUAUUUUGAAUUGUGGUAAUGAGAAUGAUAUAUAUAUAUAUAUAUUAGAAUUAAUUUUAUUUAUUUUUU